CUCUUAUUAGAAGCCUCCCGUGUCAGCAAAUGUGUGAUAUAUGAUGGUAUUUGUGUCACAGUGUCAGCACAGACCGGCGAGCGUAUUAUCGGCGGAUCCCAAUGUUGGCCGCACUCUCAGCCCUGGCAAGUCUUCGUAUUCGACAAUCAGCUCUCUCGGUGUGGUGGAGCCUUGAUCAAUGAGCACUGGGUGCUUACAGCUGGACACUGUCUAGGAAGAAAUCUCAUGGUUCAUCUUGGGGAGCAUGAUUUGCGUAAGCAAGAUGCUGGGGAACAGGCUUCCAGAGCAGUCAGGGUCAUCCGCCACCCUAAGUUUGAUCCCCUAACCCUGAAAAACGAUGUCAUGCUUCUGAAGCUAUCCCCCCCUGCAGUCCUGGGAGAUACCAUUAAGACCAUCCCUUUGGCUAAGGAAUGCGCACCCAUUGGGACAAAGUGUGUGGUGUCUGGCUGGGGCACUACUACUUUCCCCAGAGUAAAUUAUGCCUAUGUCCUGCAAUGUUUGGACACAGAGAUCCUGUCAAAAGACAUAUGCAAGUCUAGGUACGGAGACUCCGUUACAGACGACAAGAUUUGCUCAGGAAUAAUGGAAGGAGGCAAAGACUCGUGCCAGGGAGAUUCUGGGAGCCCCAUGAUUUGCAACGGGGUCCUUCACGGUUUGGUGUCAUGGGGAGCUGUGCAGUGUGCGUCCAAGAAAAGCCCUUCUAUUUCCACGGAGAUCUGCAAAUUUCGGAAGUGGAUCGAGGAAACCAUGGCUGAAAGUGAUACAAAAGCGCCAGUCCAGGGCUGAUAUCCCUCAAUAAAAAG